ACAAAUCACCGUGUUUUGUAACAUUAGGUGCACAGGCCGUUAGAGGGCAAUGUGAGGUGAGGGUGGGUUGAGGUACUGUACCCGUUCUCGAUGCAGGGUUGAGAGUUGGGCCUGCGAUCCCGCCCUCUGGGAGGCUGUCCGCUUGCUGCUGGAGGAGGCGGUGGAGCCUGGGGCCCGGCGCCUUGCUGUUCUGGAAGAUGGCGGCGGCUGACGGUUGGAACGCGGUGCACAUUCCAUGGCCGGGCUCGUGCUGGAGCGUGGCCGCGCCGCCCGAGUGCCGUUGGCCGCACACAGGUACAGCAGCGGCACGAGCUUCCCGCUCACACUGCCAACGGUCACGCACACUCUCUCUCUUUCUCACUCACUCAUACUGCCAGGCCCAAGUAUUUCACAUUAACUCGGAAAGCUAUGAUCGGUUUACUGCAAUGGGAAUGUCUGAGAUGCAAAAUACUAAGACGAAAUAUAUCCCCAGCCAACCAGUCCUGGAGUGGAUGUCGCUGAAAGUGCUGGGGGGCUGUAAGUUGAUGCUGCGUCUGAUGGAAAUGUGCUCCAAAGCAUUUCUUUUGACUAUUCAAUAUCUUCGUUGUGAAGAAUUUAUAGUCCUGAAUGUGGUAGUUACAGGAUUGCUCAGCAGACUGUGGGUCCUGUUCAGAAGUAUUUUUUUAAGCCUUGAACUUGUAUAUGAUAAACUAUUCCUGUUACUGAAUGAGGUAACUAAAAUUCAAGAUAUGUCCUAUGUGAAAGAGUUUUCUUUCCCUGUUAGUAUCAGGCAAUGGCUUGGUCUUUCCUAUUGCAAAUUCACACAAAUGAAGCUGCCAAGUCUUUCAUCUCAGAUGCGUGGAAUGCCUUCAGAUAAUUGUGGCUUACUUGAUAAAUUAUUCUCUGAGACUGAACCUUUAUUAUUGGAGGAUGAUCAAAAUACAAUGUUAAAAGGAAAUAAAACAACUGACAGCGUCACCUGUAAAACAGAUCAGAUUCUAGAUAUUGGACUUCCUGAGCAAGACCAUCAUGAAAUUGAAACUGGAAUUCCGUUGGGAUUUGAAAUUAAGUCUCUGAAAGUUCAAGGUAGCAACAAUUCUGAGAGGUUUCUAAGGGACUUUAAGUGCAGAAAAUUGCAGAAAACUAAGCAAUUAUUUCCUUUGGAUGAGUUUGUGAGGAGGAUUGGUGCAACACAGACUUUCAGUGCAUUGUGUUGGGAGCUCCAGACAAUUUUCCAUUGGUUUCGACACCAGAAACUGAAACUUGAAUCCUGCUAUUUAGGAAAUCAGUUUCUCCGAUGUCGCAGACUUAGAAUGGUGGAAACUCAUGGGUACAGUUUCCCAAAGAAGAUCUAUUUGAUCAAACUGUCCGUCUGCAGAUAUCUCAUUAAAACGUCUCAAGGAAAAUUGCACAAAGGUAAAAUAUUUAAAUAUUGGAAAAACUCGAUGACCCCUCUCCACAACUGUAAGAUGAGACAGUCAAAACUGUACAGGAGAAAAAACUCACUUAAUAAGAAACGGAUAAGAGGUAGACUUCACACAAAAGAAGGAAGCAAAACGACAUUUAAAACAAUUCCACAGUUUGCAUUUGACACACAAACUGCCAUAAAGAAACAGUGUGUUACUGGAGAUUUGCACACUAAACUUGGAAACAGUGAUUUGAAUCAGAAUUUCAAAACUCUCGCACUCCCUUUGGGCUCUUUGAGAGGAGGAGGUUCUGCAAUUGUGCCACAUACGGAUGAUGAUAUUGAUGCCAUUUUUGCAUCAAUUGGUAUAUAGUUUGUCCUUUGAAAUUUAAAAAUUGCUGCAAGUGGAAGAUUUGACAAUGUAAGGUAACUGGAAGCAAACUAAAUGUGUAUUUCUCUUAUGGUUUUGGAAAUAGAAUGCUUAAUACUUAUGUUGCAUUUUUGACUCUUUAAUUUGAAGAACUUUACCAGAAAGCUGAUUUUAAUAAACAGAGGGAGCAAAGACGUGGCUGUUGUGGUGAGCAUUGGGUGGGGUUGCACAGACAAACAAUCUUUAUCCCCUUCAGGUUUUCAGCUUUGCAUUUAUCACCUGAAGUUUUGCAGAUGCUGUUAAAAGUUUUGCUCAUCUGUUACAUCUUCAAAAGUUGGGUGUUAUCCCUGAACAUACCUUCUCUCCUGAUUAAAAUUUGUUCUAUUGUGAGUCACCUCUUGUAAUUUAGCUUCAGUUUCCAAAAUCACCAUUUUUAUGAUUAUGUUGUAUUCUUAUUGAUUAUGUUUGCAAGAAUGCCGCCAUUUUUUCAUUGCUAUUUCAAAAUAGUAUUCUGUCACACACAAUGUAUCAUAACUUCGCUCUUCCAUGCACACUCAACUUCAUUUAAAUUGAUUUUAUUACAUUGCAGUAUUACAUUUUUGCAACUUCAUGAGGCUGAGUAACAAAAGCAGGAUUGUAAUAAUACCUCCUAGAUAAAUGUUAAGCUCCAAAGUGUACAAACUGUUUUGACAUGGUUAAAAUUAACCUUGACAACAUAGUUCUGUUUCAGUACUGGUCUAAAGUUAGAUAAGCACCUUGUACUUCUGUCAUGUCAGGAGUGGGGAGCUUACAUUUUCUUGCUACAUGCUGUCAAAUCAGUAGCUGUUUGUAUCAAAGCACUUUUUUAUUUCCUUUCUCCAUCAUUUGGUCCAACAUGCAGAAAUUACAGUGCAAGAAAUGAUCAUGUAAUGGCAUUAUAGGGCAUUGUUUUCAUAAUAAUAAAUGUGCAAAAAUUUGGUAAGUUA